AUGGGAAACUGUGCAACCAAGCCAAAGGUUCUUAAAGAUUCCGAGGAGGAUAUGGUUCCGGUUGAGCGAGAGGCGACGGCUCCGGCGGAAAAGAGCCAAAACAAUGCUCCUAACACGGCGGGUGUAGAAGCAGCUGCGGCAAGACGGAGCGAGAAAGGAAAAGAGAUUUUGGCUGAAGAUGAUGUGAAGGUAGAACACAACAAACGCCAAUCUCUCAGUCCCUUGUUUCACGAGGACAAGGUAAAAGGAAAAGAGCUAACCGAUACUACUCCCACAAAACUUGAGAUCAAUGACAAAACUGGUGCUUCUUCAGAGGUUUCAAAGCUUGAUGAUGCUCCUCCUUUGAUGGCUACUAAUGUAAGAACUCCUGAAACCUUUGAAGUUCAAACUCGAAAUGACCUUGAAGUCAAGAUUUCAAAAGAUUCCGAGGUUAAGACUCCUGAAACGCCUAAAGCCAAGGAAGCUGAAGAACAAGAAGGUCAUUUCUCAGAGAAUUGGGAGGUUAAGUUUCCAGAGGAACUGGAAGCUAACAAAAAACCAGAAGUUGUUAAGGUUAAAGAAGAGUUGAAACUUCCACAAGUUUCUAAGGUUCCUGCCCCUGAAUUGUCUGAAGUGAAGGUUACAAAAGAGUCAGAUGUUCCUAAGGUAUUGAAAGAUAAGAAUGUUCAAGAGGUUUCUGAGGUUCCUACUCGUCCUGAAUUGUCUGACAUUAAGGUUACAAAAGAGUCAGAUGUUCCUAAGGUCAAGGAUAAGAAUGUUCCAAAAGUUUCUGAGGUUCAUGCUCCUCCUGAAUUAUCUGACAUUAAGGUUACAAAAGAGUCAAAUGUUCCUAAGGUCCUGGAAGAUAAGAAUGUUCUCAAGACUGAUGAAGUUAAAGCUGCCGAGUCAGAACUUCUAAAGGUUUCAGAGGUUAAAUCUUCUAAAGAUUUAGAGAUUAAAGUCAAGACUCCUGGAACAUCGAAUGUUAAGGUUGAAUCAGAGGUGAAGACUGAUCAGGAAGCAUCUAAAGGUAAUAUUGUAGAAGAAAGGAAGGUUCUAAAUGCUCAAGAGAAGAUUGAUAAAGCUGAAGCUCAGAUUCUUGAUGACAUUAAAGUGAGAGAAGAUAAAGAGAUUGCAAUGUCUAAAAAAGAAGAAGAAAAAGGUUUUUCUAUUGAGAAGAGAGCUAAGGAGUCUACACUAUCUGGUUUAGAUAGCAAAUGA